UCCUUGAUCAAACGAUGUUGUGACUUUUACAGUAAUUGCUUCAGAAAUUUGCUCACUGAAAAGAAAUGGAUUUGACUGAACAGAUUCCAGCAUUAUUCUUGCUCAUUCUUACGAUUAUAUUCAUUUGGAAAUGGGGCAGUUUCUGGAAUAGGAGCUCCAAAAAUCUCCCACCAGGUCCGACACCUUUACCACUUGUUGGGAAUCUCCACAUGAUGGAUCUGAAGAGACCUUACAGAACAAUGUUAAAGUUGUCAAAAGAACAUGGCCCCAUCUUCCGCAUCCAAAUGGGAUUCCAGAAAAUGGUGGUGCUGACAGGGUAUGAGACAGUCAAGGAGGCUCUGGUGAAUCAGGCGGACGCAUUUGCAGAGAGACCCCUCAUCCCAAUUUUUGAGGACCAUGCAAGAGGCUUUGGUGUUGUUUUUUCACAUGGUGAAAACUGGAAAGCGAUGCGGCGGUUUUCACUAAGCACAUUACGGGACUAUGGCAUGGGGAAAAGGUCCAUAGAGGACAGAAUUGUGGAAGAAUGCAGUGUCCUGAUUAAGACAUUUGAAUCUUACCAAGGACAACCAUUUGAAACCACCACAAUUAUGAAUGCCGCUGUUGCCAAUAUCAUAGUGUCCAUCCUACUAAACAAGCGAUUUGAAUAUGAAGACUCCACAUUUAGAAAACUUCUGAAGUUGGUCAAUGAAAAUCUCCAGCUUUUGGGAAGCCCCUCUGUCAUGCUGUAUAACGUAUUUCCUGCUCUUGGCUCGCUUUUGGGAACCCGUAAGACUAUCCUUCAGAACAGAGAUGAGAUGCAUGCCUUCAUAAAUGCCACCUUCAUACAACACCUCAGAGAUCUGGAUAAAAAUGACCAAAGGAGCUUGAUUGAUUCAUUUCUUCUGAGACAGCAAGAGGAGAAGGAUAAGCCGAAUGGAUAUUUCCACAAUGAAAACUUAAGAUCCCUUGUGAGUAACUUAUUUUCUGCUGGCAUGGAGACCACUUCUACCACACUGCGCUGGGGACUGUUACUAAUGAUGAAAUAUCCUGAAAUUCAGAAUAAGGUCCAAGAAGAAAUUGUGAAGGUUGUUGGAUCUUCUCAACCAAGGAUUGAGCACCGAACGAAAAUGCCAUAUGUAGAUGCAGUGAUCCAUGAGAUCCAGAGAUUUUCUGACAUUGUCCCCACAAAUAUUCCACAUGCAACCACUGUGGAUGUUACCCUAAAAGGCUACUUCAUUCCAAAGGGGACUCAAAUCAUGCCACUACUGACCUCCGUGCUGCAUGAUGAAUCUCAGUGGGAAAAACCAUACCAAUUUUAUCCUGAGCACUUUCUUGACUCUGAAGGAAAGUUCAUAAAGAGAGAGGCAUUCAUGCCUUUCUCUGCAGGUCGGAGAGCAUGUUUAGGUGAGAAUCUUGCCAAAGUGGAGCUCUUCCUCUUCUUUACAAGCCUUCUGCAGAGAUUCACAUUCCAGCUACCUCCUGGAACGUCUGAAGAUGACCUGGAUUUUACCCCUGCUGUUGGGUUCACAACACCUCCCAUGCCCCACCAACUCUGUGCUCUGCCACGUUCAUAAGACGCAAAGUUCAUGGGUUGCUUAUCCUCCCUGUGUGUGCAAGGCAAGCCUUUUUUAAAACACCCUUAUUAACCAUGGACAUUUUGGUUCAGUAGACUUCCAGUCGGAUUGGCCCAUGAUGUGUCACAAAACUGAAGUGUUGCACACUAUGUUCUGCUUAAUGUUUGUAGGAAAUACAAUUCUAUGUUAAUUCUAUUGCUUUAGUUCAGCCUAGGAAUUAAAUUUUGAAAUUUACUUAA